CAAUAAUGGGGUGUAAAAUUGCUAUACCAAGCUAGCUACAGCCACUGGAUGGUGUAGGAGCUAAGACGCUAGAGAAGAACUGAUGAGAUUUGAAUUCAGUCUCCAGAUAAGCCACAGGCUUCUGCUCACAGUGACCCAGAUGAGCCAAACGAAAGCCACAAGAUGAGGCAGGACCCAGCCAGUCCCAGCAUGGGUGAUGACUUUGAAACCUCUGACACAAACGGCCACGGUGAGCCCAGCCCAGCUUCAAAUGCAGACAACACACUCCCAGGCAGAGACUCCCAGCUGGAGGUGAGAGAUCCCAGCCCCACCAACUCCUUGCCAUGGCCAGAAGCCCCGGGGGAGUGCCCAGUCCGCCCCAACACCCUGGACAUCUCCAAGUCCCUGAAGAAACUGGAGGAGGUGAAGCAGAUGGGGCAGAGGCGAAACAGUGACCACACAGCAGCGAAGGAGAAUGGGGUGGAGGUCAGCCCUGCAGCAGCUGUGGUGGUGAGUGAGGAGAGGCGGGCACUGCAAUCUGAGCUGGGGAAGUGCAUUGAGGACUUCCGUAAGAUCAAGAUCCCUGUUGUCUUUCCCAAUAAGAAGCGGCAGUGGCAGAGUGAGCUACUGAAGAAAUACAAGCUGUGAGAGAAGACUUUGUCCCCCACACCAGAGAAGGAUGUCCCCUGGUAUGUUGUGUGUCUCCACAGAUAUCCUCUGCGUAGCAGGUGGCAGAGGCUGUCCGUGAUCCCAAAAUGAGGAGGAUAGGUUGCACAUUAAGCUCAUCCAGCAGUUAAAAGUGUUACAAGCCUGUACCUAUGGCAAGAUGCUCCUUACCAUGUCCAUCAAGAGCAAUGGCCGAUAUCCUAAGUGGCAUGAGCACAGAUGUAAGGGCACAGGGAAAGGAAGGAAGUGCAGGGUGAAUGUUCAGGGCCAGAGCUACCAUCCAGCAGGAGUUCCCACAUUUAUGAGAAUGAUUUUCCUGGCAUUUCAAAUAAUAAAACAUAGUUGGAGUCAAAACCCAUCAUUGUCCUCAAAACCCAUCUCUAAUGUUACAACGUGACAGAGCUUUAAAGUUCCAUACCUGGAGGUGUUCAAGAUCAGGUUGAAUGAGGCUUUGAGCAAACUGAUUCAGUGGAAGGUGUCCCUGCCCACGGCAGGGGUGUUGGAAUUGGAUGGGUUUUAAGGUCCCUUCCAGCCCAAACCAGAAUUGGUCAUGAAAUAUAACCAACAAUUAGAUAUUUGACCUUAUAAACACUGUUCCAGAUAUCAUCCAGGUUGUUCAGUUCCUCUCCUGUGAGCCCUGCUAUGCCAUGAGCAAAAUCUGCUGGAUCCAGAGACAUCUUGGCAACUUUUCUUCUUGAGUCUUUUCCAAACAAAGAAAUGUAUGGGGUUUCUUUUCCAUAAAAUUCUUUUCCAGCAGUGACAUCAAAUGCUACUCCCUUCAGAGCCAGGUCACUGGCCAAUACCCAUGGCAAGGUGCUCCUUACAAUGUUCAUUGAGAGUGAUGGGCGAUAUCCUAAGAGGCAUGAGAAUAGGUAUAGGGGCAUAGCAAAAGGAAGGAGGUGCAGUGUGAAUGCUCAGGGCCAGAGCUACCAUCCAGCAGAAGUUCCCACACUGAUGAGAAUGAUUUUACUGGCAUUUUAAAUAAUA